AUGGCACAACAGUCAGAUUAUUAUUUUUUCUACUUAUUUCUUUUCUGAUGGUGACAAACCAUAGAAACUGUCACCACUCCUAAACUUCUCGGUGUUUCUCUCUUCUGUCUCUCCUCUACAGGCUGCAACUGAUUGAUGACCUGACAUAUGAAGAUGUCAAGAAAUGCUACAGGGGCUCGGUGAGUUGUUUUGACUGUGUCCAGAUUCCACUGUUUACACGGUAUUAUUAGCAUAAGGAAGUAAUGGUGCGCUUCAUUCAUGCGUGAAUGUUUCUACCUACUAGAAUAUUACAUAUAGUCCAAGGGGAGACGUAGUAAUGACGCAUGUAGUUGUACUUGAACUAUCACACAGAAAAACUGUCUUUACACGAUUGUAAGCAAGACAUGGUAUUUGUCAUAACAAAGGAAUGAGUUUAUGGCAAGUUACAGUGCCUUGCAAAAGUAUUCAUCCCCCUUGGCGUUUUUCCUAUUUUGUUGCAUUACAACCUGUAAUUUAAAUUGAUUUUUAUUUGGAUUUCAUGUAAUGGACAUACACAAAAUAGUCCAAAUUGGUGAAGUGAAUUUUAAAAAAUAACUUUUUUCAAAAAAAUCUAAAGAAAAAAAUAACAGAAAAGUGGUUGCGUGCAUAUGUAUUCAACCCCCUUGCUAUGAAGCCCCAAAUAAGAUCUGGUGCAACCAAUUAAACCUUCAGAAGGACAAAUAAUUAGUUAAAUAAAGUCCCCCUGUGGUGCCAAUCUAAUUUGUCACAUGAUCUGUCACAUGAUCUCAGUAUAUAUACACCUGUUCUGAAAGGCCCAGAGUCUGCAACACCAUAAGUGACGCCCUGCUUGGGACUAGUAGCCAGGGGUGGUUCAAUUGUGUUCGGUGUUUAUUUCUGUUGGCCAGUGUGGUUCUCAGAGGCACCCAGUUGGACCAUACUAAGCACCAGUUUCACCACAGGUUUGUGGGAUCUUGUUCCUUUUGGUUUGUACCGUAGGACUGCAUGUAUCGUUUGUUGUUUUGUUCGUGUUAUCAUUCUAAUUUAAAAAAGAAUGUUCACCUUCAACGCUGCGCCUUGGUCCUCCUCCUUCGACGAUCGUGACAGAAGAUCCCACCAAGACUGGACCAAGCAGCGUGUCCAGGAGCCAUCGCCAGGGAGAUCUCUAGCGGAUCUCCUUCGCCUCCUCGACUGGGUCGAGCCAUGUGAGGAAGAGAGGGGCUUGACUUGGAAGCAGAAGUGCGAAAGGCUGGCGGGAGAUAUGGAGACCUGGUCCACGGGUAGGAGAGAAGCCCAGAAAUUUUUUAGGGGGGGGCUCACGCCGUGGACGACGGGGCAGCAGGAGACCGCGAUAGAGCGGCCCAGCGGGUUGGCAGAGGAGGCCGCCAGGUUACGGGGGCCACUGGUCAAAAAGGGGAAGGAAGGUGUAGAGGCACGGCGAGAGGUACUGGGGUGUGUUACCAGUCCGGUCCGGCCCGUUCCUGAUCCCUGCGUAGGGCCAGUGGUGUGUGUCCCCAGUACGGUCCGGUCUGUUCCUGUCCCUUGCGCCGAGCCUGUGGUGCGCGUCGCCAGCCCAGUCCGGUCCAUUCCUGCUCUCCGCACCAAGCCAGUGGUGCGCUUCGUCAGCCCAGUCCGGUCCAUUCCUGCUCUCCGCACCAAGUCAGUGGUGCGCUUCGUCAGCCCGGUCCGGCCCGCUCCUGCUCCCCGCACCAAGCCAAUGGUGCGCGUCGCCAGCCCGGCCCGGCCUGUUCCUGCUCCCCGCACCAAGCCUAUGGUGCGCGUCGCCAGCCCGGCCCGGCCUGUUCCUGCUCCCCGCACCAGGCCAAUGGUGCGCGUCGCCAGCCCGAUCCGGCCCGCUCCUGCUCCCCGCAUCAAGCCUAUGGUGUGCGUCGUCAGUCCGGCACGGCCCGUGCCUGUUCCACCGGUGCCUGGUCCGGCACCGGUCAGCUGCUUCACGCCGGAGCUAGAGCAAUCCGCUCCACCAGUGUGCAGUCCAGCUCAGGCCAGCGGGGCCAGACCGGACCAGGGGUACUUUGGGGGGUUGGAGAGGGAGUGGGGAUCAGGCCUGGAGCCGGAUCCGCCGCCAAGGCGGAGUGCCCACCCGGUCCCUCCCCUGUGGUGUUUGGUUGGCGCGGCCGGAGUCCGCGCCUUUGGGGGGGGGGGGUACUGUCACGCCCUGGCUCUGGGGACUCUAGUAUGUUGAGCCAGGGUGUGAGUUUUCAAUUGUGUUCGGUCUAGUAUUGUAUUUCUAUGUUGGCCAGUGUGGUUCUCAAUCAGAGGCAACGGGUAUCAGCUGUUGCUUGUUGUCUCUGAUUGGGAACCAUACUUAAGCAGCCAGUUUUCCCACAGUGUUUGUGGGAUCUUGUUCCUUUUGGUUUGUACCGUAGGACUGCACGUAUCGUUUGUUGUUUUGUUCGUGUUAUCAUUCAAAUUAAAAAAAGCAUGUUCACCUUCAACGCUGCGCCUUGGUCCUCCUCCUUCGACGAUCGUGACACUAAGCAAGGGGCACCACCAAGCAAGCGGCACCAUGAAGACCAAGGAGCUCUCCAAACAGGUCAGGGACAAAGUUGUGGAGAAGUACAGAUCAGGGUUGGGUUAUAAAAAAUAUCGGAAACUUUGAACAUCCCACGGAGCACCAUUAUGACCAUUAUUAAAAAUGGAAAGAAUAUCGCACCACAACAAACCUGCCAAGAGAGGGCCACCCACCAAAACUCACGGCCCAGGCAAGGAGGGCAAUAAUCAGAGUGGCAACAAAGAGACCAAAUAUAACCCUGAAGGAGCUGCAAAGCUCCACAGCGGAGAUUGGAGUGUCUGUCCAUAGGACCACUUUAAGCCGUACACUCCACAGAGCUGGGCUUUACGGAAGAGUGGCCAGAAAAAAGCCAUUGCUUAAAGAAAAAAAUAAGCAAACACGUUUGGUGUUCGCCAAAAGGCAUGUGGGAGACUCCCCAAACAUAUGGAAGAUGGUACUCUGGUCAGAUGAGACUAAAAUUGAGCUUUUUGGCCAUCAAGGAAAACGCUAUGUCUGGCGCAAACCCAACACCUCUCAUCACCCCGAGAACACCAUGUUUUUCAUCGGCAGGGACUGGGAAACUGGUCAGAAUUGGAGGAAUGAUGGAUGGUGGUAAAUACAGGGAAAUUCUUGAGGGAAACCUAUUUCAGUCUUCCAGAGAUUUGAGACUGGAACGGAGGUUCACCUUCCUGCAGGACAAUGACCCUAAGCAUACUGCUAAAGCAACACUUGAGUGGUUUAAGGGGAAACAUUUAAAUGAAUUGGAAUGGCCUAGUCAAAGCCCAGACCUCAAUCCAAUUGAGAAUCUGUGGUAUGACUUAAAGAUUGCUAUACACCAGCAGAACCCAUCCAACUUGAAGGAGCUGGAGCAGUUUUGCCAUCAAGAAUGGGCAAAAAUCCCAGUGGCUAGAUGUGCCAAGCUUAUAGAGACAUACCCCAAGAGACUUGCAGCUGUAAUUGCUGCAAAAGGUGGCUCUACAAAGUAUUGACUUUGUGGGGGGGGUGAAUAGUAAUGCACGCUCAAGUUUUCUGUUUCUUUGUCUUAUUUCUUGUUUGUUUCACAAUAAAAAAUAUUUUGCAUCUUCAAAGUGGUAGGCAUGUUGUGUAAAUCAAAUGAAACAAACCCCCAAAAAAUCAAUUUUAAUUCCAGGUUGUAAGGCAACAAAAUAGGAAAAAUGCCAAGGGGGGUGAAUACUUUCGCAAGCCACUGUAUUUACCAAUGUAACAGUAAGUUCAUCAGUCCACAGAAUAUUGUAUAUGUAUAGUAUGUAUAGUAUAAGUGUCAGCUAAUGCAUUUGAAAUCUUAUGAAGUGUUUAUUAUUUUACAAGAUUUUAGUACAGUAACAGUACACUCACAAGUCCACGUAAUAUUGGUUGCAUACAGUAUGAGUUUCAGAUAUUUGCAUUUCAAAUGUUUAUUAUUGUGCAAGGUUUUCUAGUGAAAGCUUCACAAACCAACACAGGGUUAACAGUAUGUGAGGGUUAACUUAAGCUCUGAAUGGAUCAGACCAUAUGACUUAUGAUUUAAAUAACCUUCUCCCCCGUCUUAUACACACACAAACACACACACACACACACCUGCAAUCAAACUUAUUCAAACAAUCAGUCCCCUUCAGAAAGGCUGAGGAAAAUGUAUCACUUGGAAAUAACCCACAGAUGUUUCCAGCAAAGGAGUUGUCGCACCACUACAGAGGAACACGGAGGGGAAGGGAUUGUCUGUGGCACCACUACAGAGGAACAGAGAAGGGAAGGGAGCACUGUUAGAUGUUACACAGGAUAGACUCACAAUUGAAGUCAGAACACAGUGUGACACAGGAAGUGUGCCUGAGUUAGAAAACACAGUGUAACUCAGAGAGGGUGUGGGACUAGUGUAUAGGGUUCCCUGCUGAUUGACCAGCACCAGGGGAACAGGUGUGUGCUUGCCUGCGUUUGUGCGUGCACCUGUGUGUGAAUGUGUGUGCAAGAGUGCAUGGUUAUGUGUGUGUGUGUUCCCAUAGGGAAAGGACAGUGCAGGAUAAAAUGGCUGAGAGGAACCUCAUUUAAUAGGGAGGGUUUUAUUCACUUCCAAAUUAAUAACAGGAGCUGAAUCAUAAUCUUUUAAUAAAGCUUAGGUGAUAGAGUCACAUGGCCAUACACUUUAUUACAAGAUUCUGUUUGGAAGCAGCAAAACAGUGAGUGGACAUUUUCUGAAAGGAACCCUAACCACCUGCCUCGUCUCACCCGUCUCCAACCUGUCUCCCCCCUGUCUCUACCCUGUCUCACCCCCGUAUCCCCCUGUCUCCCCCCUGUGUCACCCCUGUCUAUCCCCGUCUCACCCAUCUCUCCCUUACAGACCGUCAGCAAGUACAAUUCCCAGUACCACAAGCUGUUCCAGACCGUGCCCAAGGAGGAGAUCCUCAUGAAAGGUAAGUCAGGGGAACUUGAAAACGAUCUACACGUCAUACACUCUGUCUAUGAAACUAGAAUACUACUGUACUUAGAAUGCAUGCCCAACACAUUGCUUCAUACUAAGUGGUAUGCCAUCUGUUGGUUUGGGAUGAAUGUGUGCAUGAAAUUUGAAUAGGGUUUGCAUCACUCCAAUGUGCAAGGGUUGACUUGACACUAAACUAAAUAUGGCUGUGUAGCUACAGUACAACAGUUGAGAUGUAGGCUAUUCAUAUAUCUUGCAAUGCCUUACUUAUUUUGCCUGAUAUGGACAUUCACACUAUCAUAAACCACGCCAAACCCGCCAGUCGCUAAAAAGCCGGCAAAGUGGUCUUUUUUAGGUUACAAAUUAAUUUGGGAUUAUGUGAUUUAAGCCAGACUCAAUCAAAUCACUGUCAGCUGGCUGUUAGAAUCACACUGAGCUCCUCAUCGCCUGACAGCAGGCUUCACAGUGCUUCCUAGCCAGCUGCUUUCCACUCCACAGUGUCUCCCUCUCCCUUUUCUUUCUCUCUCUUUCCAUCUCUCUCUCUUUUGAUCUCUCUCUCCCUCUCUCCCUUUUCUCCUAUCUCUCUCUCUCCCUCCCUUUCUCUCUGGGGAAGCCUGUACCAGCCUGCUGCAUUCAGCUGGAAAUGGAAAGGGAAAGAGGAUACCCAGUCAGUUGCACAACUGAAUGCAUUCAACCGAAAUGUGUCUUCCGCAUUUAAGCCAACCCCUCUGAAUCAGAGAGGUGCGGGGGCCAUUAAAAGCCUCUCCGAUCACACACUGUUUGUUUGUGUUUUGGUCAUGACUCAUGUUUUGUGACAUUGGUUCAUAAUCUGUGUUAGAACAGAAUUGAGUUUAUUUAUUUUUGGUCGUUUCAUAAUUUGUGGUAUGGGCGUCUAAAGAUUGACGUGUUAGUAUGCAUGCCCUGAAGAUAAUAUUUACGGGACAAUGAAAAUUACGUAACGAUAUUGUAAGUUGUUAUGUUUCUAUACUAAUGGAAAUCAUCACCAGCCAACAGUGUUCCACAAUCCCAUACACUUCAGCUGUAUCCCACUCCCACAAUGUGUAGGUUUAAAGCCAACUCGUAUAUAUCCCACGCUAGUCUCCAGCUCUUUGCAUUCUCCCUCUGGUGUGUGUAUUCCCCACAGAAUUAAAUAGGACACUAUUAUAUUGUAUCUAUGGUAUUCUCGGUCUUAUCUGUGUUUUUGCAUUUCAUUUUUCAUUUCCAGUGUAUUCCUGCGCUCUUCUCCGAGACAUCCUACUUCAGGGCCGCCUCUACAUCUCCCGCAACUGGCUGUGUUUCUAUGCCAACCUCUUUGGGAAGGACAUCAAGGUGAGUGUCAAACAGCCUUGGUGAUGUGGUGGUGUUUCAUUCGCUCCAGUGGGUUUUCCCUGGUUAGCAGUUACGCUGAUGCUGCCUAGUUCACAACUGAUUAAUUUACAAACACUCAACACCCGUUGAAUAUGGCCGGUGUCAGUAAACGUCGGCAAAAAAACGUAAUUAAAUUGUUGCCAGCAGCGCAGUUACAGUCACCAACGCUCUGGAAAACAUGAAAACAGCCUAACCAGCUCUGCUAGGGCCAGUAAAAUGGUCAGAGUGAGGUGUUAUCUCAUUUGUGUCUGGAAGUAGCUAGCAAGCUAGCCAACAUUAGCCCAUUAGCUUGGGUGCUUGACUGCCGUUGUGAGGUCAGAACACUCGGAUCAACCCUACUCCUCGGCCAGAGCGUCCAGUGUGCGCUCUGAAUGCUCUGAGAGCGAAAUGCUCUGAAUUUACGAAUGCACAAUCUGACAACGCUCAAGAUGAAGACCUGUGUUGAAAAUAAAUAAUAGACCUAUCAUCACUGAGUUAGCUUCUAUAGCAUUGUUGGUAUGAUCAUUCCCGUUGAUAACAGGUUUUCUUAUUUUUACCUCCACAUUUUCCAUUGACUAGAGAUCAUUCAACAUAAAUUGAUGUUUCUCUGUUCAAUUGCUGAAAGUUUCUCUCUUUAAAUAGAGAAUAAGGAUGUCUGAUAUACUUUUAUCCUCUGCACUUAACCUGAACACAAAAGACAUUCAAAUGAAUCGCACUGCAUGCAGAUUUCCUCUAUUGUUAAGUCCAUCAUUGAAACUGCUUAUUUGCUUAUGUUUCCUAGUUCAGAUAAUUGAGCUUAAAAAAGAAAAUGUUACAAGGGUAACGUUCAACAUGAGAUAUGGCCUGUUUGAUGUAGGUAUUGAAAUAAGUACAAUAAAGUGAUAGUCAGGUUAUUAAUUGAACAGCAAACAGUUUUACAAGAUUUUGACUCUAUUUACAGUAAAGGAAAUUGAGUUGAGCACCAAUUUCCUUAUUUACAAAUCAUAACUUUCCAUGACAUCUAACUGUAAGUCGCUCUGGAUAAGAGCGUCUGCGAAAUGACUAAAAUUUAAAAAUCUAGGAAUACAACAUAAAAGGUGGUUGUGAAAGGGAAAAUAAUACAAUUGUUGGUCAGUCAAGUGUAAAAAUGUUUUCAAGAGGAAAGGGUAUUUGGCACCAAUUGACUUAUUUUAACUGUGUAUCCAGAUCAGUCUAGGCCUAUGCAUUUCAAUUAUAUAAUAUUUGUAUUGUAUUCCUAUGAAAUAACUGUCACGAGUGUAGAGCGGAGUAGGCAGGAGGCAGUCGCAGGUUUAGAACUACGGAAUGUAUUAAAAUGCCAUAGCUUAAAGUGGGACGAAACCCACAGUGCCAAAUAUAAAUGUCACGGUUUCGGCCGAGGCUGCGCCUCCUCCUUGCUCGGGCAGGCUUCGGCGGUCGUCGUCCCCGGAGUACUAGCUGCCACCGUUGUAUGUUAUCGAUGUUUGUUUGGUUUUGUCUUCUUUGUACACCUGUUUCCUUUUAGUGUUAAUUAUGUCUCCUAUAAGUUUCUCGUUUUGUUAGUCGUGUGUUGUGUGUAAUUGUUCCGCCUGUCUUUUUGGUGCUGCUCGUUUUUGCAUUUUGUAUGUUCUGGUUAGUCGCACUGUGUUUCGUGCGCUAUCGCAUUUGAGAAAGUCGAUUGGACGAAGCUUCUGUGUCCUGCGUUUGACUCCUACACCACAUCCACCUCAGCAGUUUCUGACAGAAUUACACACCAUAACUGGACCAAGCAGCGUGUCCAGGAGCCAACGCCAGAGAGGACUCUAAUGAAUAUCAACCUCGACUGGGUCAAGCAGCGUGUCCAGGAGCCAACGCCAGAGAGGGCUCUAAAGGAUAUAAACCUCGACUGGGUCAAGCCGCGGGAGGAGGAGAGAGGUUGGACUUGGGAGCAGAAGAGGGAGAGUCUGGCGAGAGCCAUGGAGGCCAUAGCCACGGGGGAGAGACGAACCCAAUACAUUCUUAGGUGGGGGCUCACACCGUGGACGACGGGACUGCUGGAGGCAGAUAAGGGGCGAGUUGGUGGACGAGGAGAGAAGGCCACCGGGUUACGGGAGCCAUUGGCGAGUAGAGGGAAGGAAUAUGUAGAGGCACAGCGAGAGGUACUGAGGUGUGUAGCCAGUCCGGUCCGGCCCGUUCCUGAUCCCCAUGUAAGGCCAGUGGUGUGUGUUCCCAGUGCGGUCCGGCCUGUUCCUGUCCCUCGCACCAAGCCUGUGGUGCGCGUCGCCAGCCCGGCCUGUUCCUGCUCCCCGCACCAAGCCAAGGGUGCGCGUCGCCAGCUCGGCCCGGCCUGUUCCUGCCACUCGCACCAAGCCUACGGUGCGCGUCGCCAGCCCGGCUCAGCCUGUUCCUGCUCCCCGCACCAAGCCUGUGGUGCGCAUCGUCAGCCCAGUCCGGCCCGUCCCUGCUCCCCGCACCAAGCCUGUGGUGCACGUCGUCAGGCCGGUCCGGCCCGUUCCUGCUCCCCGCACCAAGCCUGUGGUGCGCGACGUCAGCCCAGUCCGGCCCGUCCCUGCUCCCCGCACCAAGCCUGUGGUGCGCUUCGUCAGCCCGGUUCGGCCCGUCCCUGCUCCCCGCACCAAGCCUGUGGUGCGCGUCGUCAGCCCGGUCCGGCCCGUUCCUGCUCCCCGCACCAAGCCUGUGGUGCGCGUCGUCAGUCCGGCACAGCCCGUGCCUGGGUCACCGGUGCCUGGUCAGGUACCGGUUAGCUGCUCCACAUCGGAGCCUGAGCGAUCCGCUCCACCGAUGUCCAGUCCAGAUCCAGCCAGCAGGGCCAGACCGGACCAGGGGCGCUAUGGGGGGUUUAUUGGAGGGUGGGGGUCAAGCCCGGAGCCGGAACCGCCUCGGAGGAGGAAUGCCCACCCGGCCCUUCCCUGUUCGGUUUAUGUUUGGCGCGGUCGCAGUCCGCGCCUUUGGGGGGGGGGUACUGUCACGCCCUGGCUCUGGGACUCUGUUAUGUUGAGCCAGGGUGUGUUGUUUCUAUGUGUUUUGUGUUCUAGGUUUUUUAUCUAGUUUAUUUGUUUCUAUGUUGGCCGGUGUGGUUCUCAAUCAGAGGCAACGUGUAUCAGCUGUUGCUUGUUGUCUCUGAUUGGGAACCAUACUUAGGCAGCCUGUUUUCCACAGUGUGUUGUGGGAUCUUGUUCCGUGUAUGGUUUGUGUCUGUUACUAAGGACUUCACGUAUCGUUUUGUUGUUUUGUUCGUUCGUGUGGUAAUUAAAAUAAAUAAGUAUGUUCACUCAUCACGCUGCGCAUUGGUCCACUUCCUUCAGCGAUCGUGACAAUAAAGUACUCAGGAAAUUGGAGAUUCCUCUCAGCAAAACAAGCAACAUAUACAAUGACCGACAAAGACAAAUGACAGAGGGAGUAUAUAGACAGUGAUAGAGUGGGGAUUGGAACCAGGUGUGUGUAAUGAUGACGAGACAAGUCUGGGGUUGAUGAGUGAAGGGUGUUUGCCAGCAGCAGGUUCGGAAGCAGCUAGAAUGCCGGCGACGCCGAACGCCUGAGCUGGACAGGAGGGGGAGCCAAAGGGAAGGCUGGUGUGACAGUAGCCCCCCCCCCCCCCCCCCCCCCCCCCCCCCCCCCCCCCCCCCCCCGAGGCAUUGCUCCAGCAGCGGGGCACCGCCAACCUUGGGGACGACCCCGGAGACGCGGUGUGGGUCGGUUCGGGACAACAUCUGUGGAAAUCCCGAAUGAGAGAACGGUCCAGGACGUCCCGCGCCGGAAACCAGCACCACUCUUCGGGACCGGACCCCUCCCAGUCGACCAGGUACUGGAGAGACCCCCCACGACGCCUUGAGUCCAACAGGCUGUGGACGGAGUACGCCGGGGCUCCCUCGAUGGCCAAGGGAGGGGGAGGUGCAUUGUGGUGUCCAGCACUAGCCAAGGUACCAGCUGCCACCGGCCUGAGGAGAGAUACAUGAAAUGAGGGUGAGAUACGGUAAUUGACCGGGAGCUGUAAUCUGUAUGUCACCUCGUUGAUUCUCCUCAGGACUUUGAACGGCCCCACAUACCACGGGCUCAGCUUCCGGCAGGGCAGGCGGAUGGGCAUGUCCUUCCUAGAAAGCCAGACCCUGUCACCGGGGUAAAAGACCGGGGCCACACUGCGGUGACGAUUGGCCUGCGCCUUCUGCCAGAGGACGAUGUGCAGGAGACGGGUGUUCUGUGUCCCAUACCUCCUCGGUGCACCGGAACCAAUCGUCCACCGCAGGAGCCUUGAUCUGACUCCGGUGCCAGGGCCUGGCUGAUAGCGUAGAACACACUGAAAGGGUGUGAGGUUAGUGGAGGAGUGACAGAGGGAGUUUUGUGCGUAUUCUGCCCGAGACAGAAACGCAGCCCACUACCCCGGCCGGUCCUGACAGUAACUACGAAGGUACCUACCCAGUUCCUGAUUCACCCUUUCCACCUGCUCAUUUGAUUGGGGACGGUACCCGGAGGUGAGGCUGACCGUGACCCCCAGUUGUUCCAUGAAGGCCUUCCAGACAUGGGAGGUGAACUGAGGACCACGGUCAGACACGAUGUCCUCCGGGAUCCCGUAGUGCCGGAAGACGUGAGAGAAGAGAGCCUCCACGGUCUGCAUGGCCGUAGGGAGACCAGGCAGAGGAAUCAAACAGGCUUUGGAAAGCUGGUCCACAACGACCAGGACGGUGGUGCACCCCUCUGAGGGGGGAAGGUCUGUGACAAAGUCCACGGAGAGAUGGGACAAGGAUCGUUGUGGAACCGGCAGCAGGUGGGGUUUGCCAUAGGGGAGGUGUCUCGAAUGUACUCUAGGUUCCGGUGGUCCGUCCAGACAAGGAAGGGGUGUUGAGCACCCUCCAGCCAGUGCCGCCAUGCCUUCAGCGCCUUCUUGACGGCCAACAACUCACAAUCCCCCACGUCGUAAUUCCGCUCUGCGGGAGACAGCCUCCGUGAGUAGAAGGUGCAUGGAUGGAGUUUAGGCGGCGAUCCAGUACGUUGAGAGAGAACAGCCCAUACUCCAACCUCGGAGGCGUCCACCUCCACGAUGAAGGGCAAAAACGGGUAAGGGUGAGCCAGAACUGGUGAAAUCACCCCCUAAAAUCAGCGAAUGGAAAUCUAAAUUGGGUAUAGCUGAUAUAAAGGUAGAAAUUAAACUUGUGUCAUCCCAAUUGGGGGCAUAAACACUAGUCAAAACAAGAGGUAGAAAACAGUUGACCAGUUACUAUGACUUAUUGUCCCUUAGGAUCAGCAAUAACCUCAUAAGCUACAAAGGGAUUCGAUUUAACUAAAUAAACUAAAGUCACAAUAAAAAUAACAAUAACGAGGCUAUAUACAGGGGGUACAGGUACCGAGUCAAUGUGCGGGGGAACAGGUUAGUAGUGGUAAUUGAAGUAAUAUGUACAUGUAGGUAGGGGUAAGGUGACUAUGCAUAGAUAAUAAACAGCAAGUCGCAGCAGCUUUUUUUUUUUUUUUUUAAAGGAGUGGGGGUCAAUGUAAAUAGUCCGGGUAGCCAUUUGAUUAACAGUUCAGGAAUCUUAUGGUUUGGGAUUCAAAAUCUGUUAAGGAGCCUUUUGGACCUGGACUUGGCGCUCCGGUACCGCUUGCUGUGCGAUAGCAGAGAGAACAGUCUAUGACUAGGCUGGCUGGAGUUUUUGACAAUUUUUAGGGUCGUCCUCUGACACCGCCUGGUAUAGAGGUCCUUGAUGGCAGGAAGCUUGGCCCCAGUGAUGUACUGGGCCGUACGCACUACCCUCUGUAGCGCCUUGCGGUCGGAUGCCAAGCAGUUGCCAUACCAGGCGGUGAUGCAACCAGUCAGGAUGCUCUCAAUGGUGCAGCUGUAUAACUUUUUGAGGAUCAGAGGACCCAUGCCAAAUCUUUUCAGUCUCCUGAGGGGGAAUAAGCGUUGUCGUCUUACAUUUCACAGGGUUGUUAGCCCCUUUGACGUUCCACGAAAUGUACUUGAUGGUAUUAUUUUGGCAAAACUGAGCAACCCUGUUAUACACCCCUGUCAUUAGAGCAAAGUGAAAAAGCAAUGAAUACCCCAAAAUCCUAAGAUAAUUUGUACGGUGUAAGAUACUUGGAAAAAGUACAGAAAAAGAAACAGAAAAAAACGACGGAAUGACAUUAGAACUAAACAAUUCACUCACUGAUGAAACUGAGCCUUGUAGGCCAGCUUUUCUCAAAAUCGGGUUUUUGGUGUUAUGUUUCGUUGUCAUUCAGACAUUUUGAAAUAAAAUAGUCUUGGGUACUUCAGAAAGGGAUCACCAAAGUAAUAUUUGAAAAUAAAUGCAGACGCUUAUCCAGAGCGACUUACAGUUUUUUAGUGAGUGCAUACAUUUUCAUACUGGCCCCCCGUGGGAAUCGAACCCACAACCCUGGCGUUGCAAACGCCAUGCUCUACCAACUGAGCUACACGGGACAACCUGUUGUUGUAUUCGCGUGGCUGUUGUCAUCAACCAGAAACCGGAAACAGGGUAUGCUUUUCAUUUGACUUUUAAAAUAAUAAAAUCACUUAAUUACUCAAAAUGAAGGCACCGAAGUGGCCACAACUUUUCACUGUGGAAGAGGCUGUAUCUACAGUGCCUUCGGAAAGUAUUCAGACCCUUUGACUUUUUCCACAUUUUGUUAGGUUACAGCCUUAUUCUAAAAUUGAUUAAAAUUAUAUUUUCCCUCAUCAAUUUACACACAAUACCCCAUAAUGACAAAGCAGAAAUAUCACAUUUACAUAAGUAUUCAGACCCUUUACUCAGUACUUUGUUUAAGCACCUUUGGCAGCAAUUACAGCCUCGAGUCUUCUUGGGUAUGACGCUACAAGCGUGGCACACCUGUAUUUGGGGAGUUUCUCAGGUUGGAUGGGGAGCAUUGCUGCACAGCUAUUGUCUGGUCUCUCCAGAGAUGUUCGAUCGGGUUCAAGUCCGGGCUCUGGCUGGGCCACUCAAGGACAUUCAAAGACUUGUCCCGAAGCCACUCCUGCGUUGUUUUUGCUGUGUGCUUAGGGUCGUUGUCCUGUUGGAAGGUGAACCUUCGCCCCAGUCUGAAGCACUGAGCACUCUGGAGCAGAUUUUCAUCAAGGAUCUCUCUGUACCCAUGCUCCGUUCAUCUUUGCCUCGAUCCUUACUAGUCUCCCUGCCGCUGAAAAACAUGCUUCACGGUAGGGAUGGUGCCAGGUUUCCUCCAGACGUGACGCUUGGCAUUCAGGCCAAAGAGUUCAAUCUUGGUUUCAUCAGACCAGAGAAUCUUGUUUCUCAUGGUCUGAGAGUCUUUUGGCAAACUCCAAGCCUGACAGACUAACUACAGAGUUCGCCAAUGUUAGUUGAUUAGUUACAAAGCUGGGACAAUUUCCAAAUUAAUUACAUCAGUAGAAACAGGACAAAACAAGCAAUUUGUUAGCUGGCUAUGUCAACAAAUAUCCAACCCAUCAUAUGAGCUCCACUGCGUGGGCAUCUACCCUACACAGCUAAACUGUCAAAUAUUAGGAAAACGUACAAAAUGUAUGGCCUUGGAAUAUCUGCACCUAGCAAACAUGACAAACCAUAACCUAAGCCCAACAGAUAAACACAAAUUACUCUAGCCUUCAUUUCGGUGGCUAGUUAGCUAUUUAUUAAAUAAAGGUUAAAAAAGUCGCGGUAAUUCUGCCAUAAAUUUAUAUUUUGAAAUAGAGCUCAAGGAGUCAUUUUUAAGAGUUGUUUGUAGGUUAUUUGGAAAUGGCAUAAUUUGCUCUUUCUGAUACUAUAUAGACAUCAAAACGUCUAACCUGCUUGUGACUCGGUAGGAGAAUUUGAUAAAAUCCCUUUUUGGCGCUUAGUUUACCUGCCUCUGUGUCUAUUCCAAGCUGCGCUGUUCAUCAGAUUCUUCAGGCUAUCUCAGUUAUUAUAUUUGUGAAAUUAGUUCCAAUAUAGUUUAGGUGUAGUUUCGAUGGGCCAUCAUCAGCUGCGCAGGCUGACUGCCAGUGAGUGACUUGAGGAGCAUUAGGGGCAGGGGGAACUGCUUAUAACACAAAUUAUGUUUGUGAUAUUAAGAUUCUAACAACGCCAGUGUGUUAUGUAGACUUUUUUAUUAAAAGCCAAGGAUGGGGGGGUGGGGUCAUGACUUUAAAAAUGGCAGAGUCAUUAAAAAAGUUCAUUUGUUUUUUGUCAACACGACGCUCUCGGCUCUCUUAGUGUUGUGGUGCUGACCAUGUUUGCUUUUCCUCUACAGGUGGCCAUUCCGGUGGUGUCAGUACGGCUGGUGAAGAAACACAGGACAGCAGGCCUAGUACCUAACGGGUUGGCUAUCACUGUGGACACCAGCCAGAAGGUAUGGUUCAGCAUAGUACAGCAGCACAAUGCAAUAUGGCUCUACCACUCACAAACAGCUAGCUAGGUGCUAACCCUUUCAGAGUUUUUUCUGCAUAGAAGAGUAUUGGGCGGGCCGGGUAAGUGUUUGUUCGGGCUGCCUAUGUGCAAAUAGUGUAAAAAAAAAAAUAUAUAUAUAUACAGUACCAGUCAAAAGUUUGGACACACUUACUCAUUCCAGGGUUUUUCUUUAUUUGUACUAUUUUCUAAAUUGUACAAUAAUAGUGAAGACAUCAAAACUAUGAAAUAACACAUAUGGAAUCAUGCGUUUGAGCCUAUCAGUUGUGUUGUGACAAGGUAUGGGUGGUAUACAGAAGAUAGCCCUAUUUGGUUGAAGACCAAGUCCAUAUUAUGGCAAGAACAGCUCAAAUAAGCAAAGAGAAACGACAGUCCAUCAUUACUUUAAGACAUGAAGGUCAGUAAAUCCGGAAAGUGUGAUGAAACUGGCUCUCAUGAGGACCGCCACAGGAAAGGAAGACCCAGAGUUACCUCUGCUGGAGUGGAUAAGUUCAAGGGAGUGCUCAGAUUGCAGCCCAAAUAAAUGCUUCACAGAGUUAACAGACACAUCUCAACAUCAACUGUUUGAAUCAGGCCUUCAUGGUCGAAUUACUGCAAAUAAACCACUACUAAAGGAUACCAAUAAGAGGAAGAGACUUGCUUGGGCCAAGAAAAACAAGCAGUGUACAUUAGACCAGUGGAAAUCUGUCCUUUGGUCUGAUGAGUCCAAAUCUGAGAUUUUUGGUUCCAACCGCCGUGUCUUUGUGAGACACAGAGUAGAUGAACAGAUGAUCUUCGCAUGUGUGGUUCCCAACGUGAAGCAUGGAGGAGGAAGUGUUAUGGUGUGGGGGUGCUUUGCUGGUGACACUGUCGUGAUAUAUUUAGAAUUAAAGGCACACUUAAUCAGCAUGGCUACCACAGCAUUCUGCAGCGAUACGGGACUUUAAUUUGUUUUUCAACAGGACAAUGACCCAAAACAUACCUCCAGACUGUGUAAGGGCUAUUUGACCAAGAAGGAGAGUGAUGGAGUGCUGCAUCAGAUGACCUGGCCUCCACAAUCACCCGACCUCAACCCAGUUGAAAUGGUUUGGGAUGAGUUGGACCGCAGAGUGAAGGAAAAGCAGCCAACAAGUGUUCGGCAUAUGUGGGAACUCCUUCAAGACUGUUGUAAAAUCAUUCCAGGUGACUACCUCAUGAAGCUGGUUGACGGAAUGCCAAGAGUGUGCAAAGCUGUCAUCAAGGCAAAGGGUGGCAACUUUGAAGAAUCUCAAAUAUAAAAUAUAUUUUGAUUUGUUUAACACUUUUUUGGUUACUACAUGAUUCCAAAUGUGUUAUUUCAUAGUUUUGAUGUCUUCACUAUUCAUCUACAAUGUAGAAAAUAGUAAAAAUAAAGAAAAACCCUUGAAUGAGUAGGUGUGCCCAAACUUUUGACUGGUACUGUAUAUAUAUAUUCCGGAUAUGAAGUUAAUUUCUUUGCCCCAUUUUUUGCAGUUUUACUUUCAGUGCCUUAUUGCAAACAGUAUGCAUGUUUUGGAAUAUUUGUAUUCUGUGCAGGCUUCCUUCUUUUCACUCUGUCAAUUAGGUGUGUAUUGUGGAGUAACUACAAUGUUGUUGGUCCAUCCUCUGUUUUCUCCUAUCACAGCCAUUAAACUCUGUAACUGUGUUAAAGUCAUCAUUGGCCUCAUGGUGAAUUCCCUGAGCGGUUUUCUUCCUCUCCAGCAACUGAGUUAGGAAGGACGCCUGUAUCUUUGUAGUGACUGGGUGUAUUGAUACACCAUCAAAAGUGUAAUUAAUAACUUCACCAUGCUCAAAGUGAUAUUCAAUACCAAUACAUGCCCUUCUUUGCGAGGCAUUGGAAAACAUCCCUGGUCUUUGUGGUUGACUCUGUGUUUGAAAUUCACUUGCUCGACUGAAGGACCUUACAGAUAAUUGUAUAUGUGUAGGGUCAGAGAUGAGGUAGUCAUUCAAGAAUCAUGUUAAACACUAUUAUUGCAGACAGAGUAAAUGCAACUUAUGUGACUUGUUAAUCAAAUUUUUACUACUGAACUUAUUUAGGCUUGCCAUAACAAAGGGUUUGAAUACUUAUUGACUUAAGACAUUUCAGCUUUUCAUUUGUAAUUAAUUUGUAAACAUUUCUAAAAACAUAAUUCCACUUUGACAUUACGGGGUAUUGUGUGUAGGCCAGUGACAAAAUCUCAAUUUAAUCAAUUUAAAAUUAAAGCUGUAACACAACAAAAUGUUGAAAGAUUAAAGGGGUGUGAAUAGUUUCUGAAGGUGGGCAAAAAAAGUAUUUAGUCAGCCACCUAUUGUGCAAGUUCUCCCACUUAAAAAGAUGAGAGAGGCCUGUAAUUUUCAUCAUAGGUACACGUCAACUAUGACAGACAAAUUUUGAAAAAAAUAUCCAGAAAAUCACAUUGUAGGAUUUUUAAUGAAUUUAUUUGCAAAUUAUGGUGGAAAAUAAGUAUUUGGUCACCUACAAACAAGCAAGAUUUCUGGCUCUCACAGACCUGUAACUUCUUCUUUAAGAGGCUCCUCUGCCCUCCACUCGUUACCUGUAUUAAUGGCACCUGUUUGAACUUGUUAUCAGUAUAAAAGACACCUGUCCACAACCUCAAACAGUCACACUCCAAACUCCACUAUGGCCAAGACCAAAGAGCUGUCAAAGGACACCAGAAACAAAGUUGUAGACCUGCACCAGGCUGGGAAGACUGAAUCUGCAAUAGGUAAGGAGCUUGGUUUGAAGAAAUCAACUGUGGGAGCAAUUAUUAGGAAAUGGAAGACAUACAAGACCACUGAUAAUCUCCCUCGAUCUGGGGCUCCACGCAAGAUCUCACCCCGUGGGGUCAAAAUGAUCACAAGAACGGUGAGCAAAAAUCCCAGAACCACACGGGGGGAGCUAGUGAAUGACCUGCAGAGAGCUGGGACCAAAGUAACAAAGCCUACCAUCAGUAACACACUACGCCGCCACGGACUCAAAUCCUGCAGUGCCAGACGUGUCCCCCUGCUUAAGCCAGUACAUGUCCAGGCCCGCCUGAAGUUUGCUAGAGUGCAUUUGGAUGAUCCAGAAGAGGAUUGGGAGAAUGUCAUAUGGUCAGAUGAAACCAAAAUAUAACUUUUUGGUAAAACUCAACUCGUCGUGUUUGGAGGACAGAGAAUGCUGAGUUGCAUCCUAAGAACACCAUAUCUACUGUGAAGCAUGGGGGUGGAAACAUCAUGCUUUGGGGCUGUUUUUCUGCAAAGGGACCAGGACGACUGAUCUGUGUAAAGGAAAGAAUGAAUGGGGCCAUGUAUCGUGAGAUUUUGAGUGAAAACCUCCUUCCAUCAGCAAGGGCAUUGAAGAUGAAACGUGGCUGGGUCUUUCAGCAUGACAAUGAUCCCAAACACACCGCCCGGGCAACGAAGGAGUGGCUUCGUAAGAAGCUUUUCAAGGUCCUGGAGUGGCCUAGCCAGUCUCCAGAUCUCAACCCCAUAGAAAAUCUUUGGAGGGAGUUGAAAGUCUGUGUUGCCCAGCGACAGCCCAAAAACAUCACUGCUCUAGAGGAGAUCUGCAUGGAGAAAUGGGCCAAAAUACCAGCAACAGUGUGUGAAAACCUUGUGAAGACUUACAGAAAACGUUUGACCUGUGUCAUUGCCAACAAAGGGUAUAUAACAAAGUAUUGAGAAACUUAUGUUAUUGACCAAAUACUUAUUUUCCACCAUAAUUUGCAAAUAAAUUCAUUAAAAAUCCUACAAUGUGAUUUUCUGGAAAAAAAAUCUAAUUUUGUCUGUCAUAGUUGACGUGUACCUAUGAUGAAAAUUACAGGCCUCUCUCAUCUUUUUAAGUGGGAGAACUUGCACAAUUGGUGGCUGACUAAAUACUUUUUUCCCCCACUGCAUGUAUUUAUUUUGAAGAAAAUAAAUUAGGAUGGAAAAAGGUUUUCAGUGUAAACUUAAACAACUAAAACCAGAUAUAAAGUAUGUAGAAAAGAUAAUGGAACUAUAUAUUUUUUUAAUAGAAUGAUAUUUGAAAACGAACAAUCACCAAAUUAAAAACUAGAGAGUCGGGGAGAAUCUAAAAUUCAAAAAAUGAUGCAUUCAGGGGUAUUUUUUUAAAAAUAAUUUUGUGUCAGUCAGAUAGCAUAAGCCAUGGCAAAAUGUGUAGAAUUGCAGGAAAUUAGCUUUAAAACUGCUACAUUUAUCUCAGCCCCAUGGCACGAUGUGUAGAAUUGCAGGAAAUUUGCUUUAAAACAGCUACGUUUUGUCACUGCGGCCAACAGAAGGCCCUCAAACAUUUUAGGUCAGCGACCGCACCAUUGGCCAAGCCCCCACCACACCCACCACCUAAUCCCCAUUUUGAUCCCCAAUAAAACCUGCCUUUAAACACCAAAGCAGUACGGGCUAGAGGUUGCUUCUGGACCAGGCCUGUUUUGCUUUAACUUGUCUUUGUCUUGCUAAACAAUGCAAAGCAACGCAACAAAGUAGCAUUGCAGAAACAGUCAGGUAGCCAAGCUAACAAGUAGCCAGGCCAACUGUCAGGUAGCCAGACUAACAGUCAGGUAGCAGGCUAACAACAAGGUAGGCAGGCUUAAAACCAGGUAGCCAGGCUAAAAGUCAGGUAGCAGGCCAACUACCAGGUAGCCAGCCUAACAACAAGGCUAACAACCAUAUAGCCAAGCUAACAGUUACUGUAGGUAGCCAGGCUAACAUCAAGGCUAACAACCAGGUAACCAAACGAACAGUCAGGUAGCCAGACUAACAACCAGAGAGCCAGGCAAACAGUCAGGUAGUCAGCCUAAUCAAGCUAACAGCCAGCACUCAGCUACACGAAAUAGUGUGUUUGAGAACACCUGAACCAACAGAAUGUAACCUAGUCAGCACACGUGGGGAACACACAAGUCAGGUUAAUGUCAGUCAAAACACUCAAUGAAGCAAUCCCCCAGGCGGUCCAAAGGUAGAGGGUCCACACUGUAUGUUCAACUGGUCCAGUCAGAGGGAACUCUGUUAGUGGAGCCACACAGCGGACAUACAGGUAACUGCCAAAAUAAAGGAAACCUUGAGUAAAUGAGGGAUACAAAGUAUAUUAAAAGCAGGUGCUUCCACACAGGUGUGGUUCCUGAGCAAUUCCUAAGCAAUUAACAUCCCAUCAUGCUUACAUGCUGACUACACUGGCCACGUGUGUGUGUCCGCAUGCACCAUGGCACACGUUGAUUUUGUCCACACCAGAAGCAAUCAUGACACGCAGGUUAAAAUAUCAAAACCAACUGCGAACCAACUAUAUUAAUUUGGGGGCAUGUCAAACACACAUGAAACAUGAAUGGACAUUUAGCUAGCUUGCUAUUGCUAACUAAUUUGUCCUGGGAGAUGAACAUUGGGUUGUUAUUUUACCUGAAAUGUAUAUGGCCCUUUUUUUGCUGGAUCUUUGUAGAAUUUUGACCCGGAGUCAUACAGAAUCGUGUGUUUCUCUACUCCGACUAUUAACACUAGAAAAGCUGGGCAUCUAGCAAUCCCGUUCUGAGCCAAUUAAUUCUAACAGUCUAAAAAAUACAUUUUAUAUAUGCUAUUGCAAAAAUAAUAAUUUGGUUGUUUAUGAAGGUUGUAGGUAGGUCUACCAUUAGAAUAAAAACAUUUUCAUUAGUUUAUGUUACUGUAGGCUACAUGUAAAAAUGAAAAAACAAAACACCACAAUUCAAGUGUUAUCACAAAGAAAUGCAUUAUUAUUUCGUUAAGGCAGGUCUUUAGAAACAUUAAACUAAUAAAUUAUAUUUCAAAAGAACAGAAUAGUCUGUGCAUAGUAGCCUAUGGCUAAGCUGCCGCAAGUGCUCACAUGUAGAAUGCAUUGAAUAACGGCUGUAAUAUUCUACAAAAAAAAAGUGGUAAUUUGAAAUAGAGCCCAUUCCUUAAUUUUUUAUUGUUUGGCAAAUGUAUGUGUUUUAGAAACCUUAGAACCUGCUCUUUAGGCUUCAUCUAUUAUUAUAGGCCUAUGUGUGAAAUUAGUUUUCAUAUACUGUAGUUUAGGUGGAGUUUCUAUGGGCCAUUGUCAGAUGGCAGCCAACUGGUGAAGCAAGGGCAGGGCAGAAAAAAAUCACGUCCUCCUAAAAUUGCUUAGAACACAAACUCUGUUUGUGAUAUCGAAAUUCUAAUUACGACAGUGUGUUGAAUAUACUUAUUUAGGUAAAGUCAAGAACAGGGUGGACAUGACUUUAAAAAUGGCAGAGUAAUUACAAUUUUUUAUGUAUAUGACCUCAAAUUGAUGCGCUCUGAGUUUUUAGUUCAAUAAUGAAUCUCUCCUCGUUUAUCUUUCAAAUACCCACGUGGGGUUGUAUGCUCCUGAAAACCAAUGAGUAGAUGGGAGAGGCAGGACUUGCAAGUUCUAUUUUAGCACUUGGCUAAGCAGACACUCGUUCACACACGUGAGCGGUGUGGGUGAAAAUAUUGAAUAACAUGUAUGUGUACAUUUAUUUUGCAACACUCGGGCAUGCAAAAUCAAAUCAAAUCAAAUUGUAUUUGUCACAUGCGCCGAAUACAACAGGUGUAGACCUUACAGUGAAAUGCUUACUUACAAGCCCUUAACCAACAAUGCAGUUUUAAGAAAGAAUACCAAAAUAAAUAAAUAAUAAAAUGUUACAAAUAAUUAAAGAGGAGCAGUAAAAUAACAAUAGCGAGGCUAUAUACAGGGGGUACCGGUACCGAUUCAAUGUGCGGGGGCACCGGCUAGUCGAGGUAAUUGAGGUAAUAUGUACAUGUAGGUAGAGUUAUUAUAGUGACUAUGCAUAGAUAAUAAACAGAGAGUAGCAGCAGCGUAAAGGGGGGGGGGGGGGCUGUUGCCUUUAAUCCAUGGCUUCUGGUUGGGGUAUGUACUUACAGUCACUGUGGGGAUGACGUCAUCAAUGCACUUAUUGAUGAAGCCAGUGACUGAUGUGGUGUACUCCUCAAUGCAUCGGAAGAAUCCCAGAACAUAUUCCAGUCUGUGCUAGCAAAACAGUCCUGUAGCUUAGCAUCUGCUUCAUCUGACCACUUUUUUAUUGACUGAGUCACUGGUGCUUCCUGCUUUAGUUUUUGCUUGUAAGCAGGAAUCAGGAGGAUAGAAUUAUGGUCAGAUUUGCCAAAUGGAGGACGAGGGAGAGCUUUGUACGCGUCUCUGUGUGUGGAGUAAAGGUGGUCUAGACUUUCUUUCCCUCUGGUUGCACAUUUAACAUGCUGGUAGAAAUGAGGUCAAACGGAUUUAAGUUUCCCUGCAUUAAAGUCCCCGGCCACUAGUAGCGCCACCUCUGGAUGAGCGUUUUCCUGUUUGCUUAUGGCGGUAUACAGUUCAUUGAGUGCGGUGUUAGUGCCAGCAUCGGUUUGUGGUGGUAAAUAGACAGCUACGAAGAAUAUAGAUGAAAACUCUCUUGGUAGAAAGUGUGGUCUUCAGCUUAUCAUGAGAUACUCUACCUCAGGUGAGCAAAACCUUGUGUCCGGUAAGGUUUGCAUGUUAGGGUCAUGUAUAAAAAGUUGCCCAUUAUUUUGGCUACCAUGGCUAUGCCCCUAUAGGUUCUACUAAACUGUAUGGAAUUGUUUUAAGAAGGUCAAACCGAGGAUCAUUUAGUUAUUUGAUUUUGAAUUUUAAGACCCCUUGAAGUAUUAAAAAAAUAUAUACAAAAAUUAUUUGAUGGAAGAAUUGUAUUUGGCUUACAGCUAUUAGCCCAUACAAACACAUUGAAUAACAGAUUCACUACACGGAACAAUAGAUAGUCCCCCAAAAAAUCUAAAGGAAGUUUGUUCUGAAGUGUCUGUCCUAUAUCUGAGAGUAAGAUCAAGAAACAUUAUAUAUAUAUUUUUACAUGUACUGUAUUGAACCCCUUAUUUUUGGCACUAAACUGUCUCCAUAUACAGUUGAAGUCGGAAGUUUACAUACACCUAGAUUGGAGUCAUUAAAACUCAUUUUUCAACCACUCCACAAAUGUCUUGUUAACAAACUAUAGUUUUGGCAAGUCGGUUAGGACAUCUACUUUGUGCAUGACACAAGUAAUUUUUCCAACAAUUGUUUACAGACAGAUUAUUUCACUUAUAAUUCACUGUCUCACAAUUGCAGUGGGUCAGAAGUUUACAAACACUAAGUUGACUGUGCCUUUAAACAGCUUGGAAAAUUCCAGAAAAUGAUGUACCUGUGGAUGUAUUUCAAGGCCUACCUUCAAACUCAGAGCCUCUUUGCUUGACAUCAUGGGAAUAUCAAAAGAAAUCAGCCAAGACCUCAGAAAAGAAUUGUAGACCUCCACAAGUCUGGUUCAUCCUUGGGAGCAAUUUCCAAACGCCUGAAGGUACCACGUUCAUCUGUACAAACAAUAGUACGCAAGCAUAAACACCAUGGGACCACGCAGCCGUCAUACCACUCAGGAUGGAGACGCGUUCUGUCUCCUAGAGAUGAACGUACUUUCGUGCGAAAAGUGCAAAUCAAUCCCAGAACAACAGCAAAUGACCUUGUGAAGAUGCUGGAGGAAACAGGUACAAAAGUAUCUAUAUCCACAGUAAAACAAGUCCUAUAUUGACAUAACCUGAAAGGCCGCUCAGCAAGGAAGUGUGUGCGAGCAAGGAGGCAUACAAACCUGACUCAGUUACACCAGCUCUGUCAGGAGGAAUGGGCCAAAAUUCACCCAACUUAUUGUGGGAAGCUUGUGGAAGGCUACCCGAAACGUUUGAUCCAAGUUAAACAAUUUAAAGGCAAUGCUACCAAAUACUAAUUGAGUGUAUGUAAACUUCUGACCCACUGGGAAUGUGAUGAAAUAAAUAAAAGCUUAAAUAAAUCAUUCUCUCAACUAUUAUUCUGACAUUUCACAUUCUUAAAAUAAAGUGGUGAUCCUAACUGACCUAAGACAGGGAAUUCUUACUAGGAUUAAAUGUCAGGAAUAGUGAAAAACUGAGUUUAAAUGUAUUUGGCAAAGGUGUAUGUGAACUUCCGACUUCAACUGUAUACUUCCAUAUAUUUUUUUUACUGGUACAGGGGGACUUUCAGACGGGUCUUGUGAGGCCUGUGGGAAUCUUAGAGCAAAACAACAUGUACGUGUUCAUGGGAGUCUCACCUUUCCACAGAGGGGUCAUACUCUUCGGACGCUGCAGACAGAAAUUGGCAGAUCGGCUGUACCGAUUUCAGACUGUCACACCUUGAUCUGUUUCACCUGUCUUUGUGAUUGUCUCCACCCCCCUCCAAGUGUCGCCCAUCUUCCACAUUAUCCCCAGUGUAUUUAUACCUGUGUUCUCUGUAUGUCUGUUGCCAGGUCGUUUUGUUUCAUCAAGCCUACCAGCGUUUUUCCCCUUGCUCCUGUCUUUCUCAAGUUCCUGUUUUCUAGGUUUCCCGGUUUUAACCAUUCUACCUGCCCUGAGCCUGAACGUGCCUGCCGUUCUGUACCUUUUGGACUUUGAUCUGGAUUACUGACCUCUGCCUGCCCUUGACCUGUCGUUUGCCUGCCCCCUGUUUUUGUAAUAAACUUUUGUUACUUCGACACUGUCUGCAUCUGGGUCUUCACCUGAAAAGUGAUAGUACGAACUGGCCAUGACUGACCCAGCAGACUCGGACCAGCUCCGCAACGCCAUCUCCUCCCAAGGAGCCACCAUUGGACGGCACAAGGAGUUGCUUUGUGGUCUCAUGGAAGGGUUCCAGACCUUGGCCGAACGCCAUGACCGAGCAUUUAACACAUUGCUGGAACAAUUCCGCGGGUUGUCUGUUAGGCAGCCUACCACGACGGUAAUCUCCCAGCCCCUCAGUAACCCGGCUGUUAGCAGCGCAGCCUCCCCGGCCACUCCGGUUUUCCGAGAACCCCGCUUACCUCCCCUGGAAGGCUUCGCUGAAGAGUCGGGAACCUGUCAGGCAUUUCUCGCUUAGUGUUCGCUCAUCAUAGAGCUGCAGCCCUCCUCCUUCCCCUCGGACUGCUCUAAGAUAGCGUACCUCAUCACGCUGAUGUCCGGGAGGGCUCUCGCCUGGGCUACGGCAGUGUGGGAACAACAGUUGGCCGUAUGCUUCAGUCUGGAGGAGUUCAUGCAGGAGGAAAAGAAGGUUUUCGAUGCUCCAUUGUCCGGGAGAGAGGCUGCCCAGAAGUUACUCCAGCAAGAAUCCCGCAGUGUGGCAGACUAUGCAGUGGAUUUCCGUACGUUGGCAGCUGAGUGUGCCUGGAACCCGGAAGCGCUGUUCGACACGUUCCUGCACAGAGUAUCAAGAGGAAGUAAAGGACGAGCUUGCAGCCCAGGAACUACCAACGGAUCUCGACGCACUCAUUGCCUUGACCAUUCGGAUCGAUGGGCGACUACGGGAACGAAGGAAGGAGAGGAAGUCCGGUUCAAGUCCCUGACGGCUCCGUUGCCAAGAGAACCCGAGGCUAACCGAGUUCCUUCGAGAGUUUCCGAAGUCUGCCAAUUCACCUCUUCCGGAGCCGAUGCAACUAGGCAGUGCUAGGCUGUCUCCAGCCGAACGGCAAUACAGGCUUCACACGAAGAGUUGCCUGUAUUGCGGGACUACUGGUCAUUUUGUGUCCACUAAAAUACCAGGCUCACCGGUAGGAGCGACUAUUGUGGGCCAUACGGAUAACUUUUCCUCUCCCCUUACUCACACCCCCUUUCAUGCCAUCUUGCUGUGGGGGAACCAGUCGAAAUCUCUCUGGGUACUCAUCGACUCUGGGGUCGAUGAGAGAUUUAUGGACGCUACACUGGCGUCCGAGCUGGGCAUCCCCACUCAGCCCCUCUCCAUUCCCAUGGACGUUAGAGCGCUGGACGGGCGCUCUAUAGGCCGGGUCACCCACAAUACCACCCCCAUCAACCUACGAGUAUCAGGGAACCACGGCAAGAUGAUCCAAUUCCUGCUAAUUAAGUCUCCUCGGGUUCCCGUGGUAUUGGGUUUCUCUUUGCUCCAGCGACACAACCCCUUUAUUGACUGGUAUACUGGUGCCAUCAUGGGCUGGAGCCCGUUCUGCCACGCUCAUUGCCUGAAGUCAGCGUAGCUUGCCCCGGGACGUCUUCCUGGGGGCUCGGAAGUUGCCUUGGACCUCUCCACUUCGCUUCCGCCGCACCGAACCUACGACUGCGGAAUCUACCUUCUCCCAGGCACCACUCCGCCCCGGGGACGACUGUACUCGCUGUCUGGUCCGGAGACCAAAGCUAUGGAGACCUACAUUGAGGGAUCCCUAGCUGCCGGGUUCAUUCGUCCUUCUGCCUCCCCCGCCGUGCAUCGACUACCGGGGCCUCAAUGACAUCACAGUGAAGACCCGCUACCACUCAUCUCCUCGGCCUUCGAGCCGCUCCAGGGGGUCAACGUGUUCUCCCAGCUGGACCUACGGAACGCCUACCACCUGGUGCGGAUACGGGAGGGGGACGAGUGGAAGACUGCCUUCAACGCGGCCAGCGGUCACUACAAGUAUCUGGUCAUGCCAUUUGGCCCUACCAAAGCUCCAGCUGUGUUCCAGGCCCUGGUUAAUGAUGUUCUCCGCGACAUGUUGAACCGGUUCGUCUUCGUCUACCUCGACGACAUCCUCGUCUUCUCCCACUCUGCCCAAGAACAUGUGCUCCACGUCCGACAGGUCCUCCAACGCCUCCUGGAGAACCAGCUUUUUGUGAAAGCUGUGAAAUGCGAAUUCCAUCGCUCCACCAUCCCCUUCCUGGGCUACAUCAUCACUGCAGGGAGUGUACAGAUGGAUCCCGGGAAGGUGAGAGCGGUGGUGGAUUGGCCCCAGCCUACGUCCAGAGUGCAGCUGCAAUGUUUCCUGGGAUUCACCAACUUUUAUCGCCGCUUUAUCCGGGGUUACAGCACCCUGGCUUCCCCCCUGUCUGCACUCACCUCUCCCAAGGUUCCGUUCACAUGGUCCCCAGCUGCUGACUGGGCGUUCCUGGACCUCAAACACUGUUUCACCACUGCUCCCAUCUUGGUUCAUCCUGACCCGUUCCGCCCGUUCGUGGUGGAGGCCGAUGCUUCGGAUGUCGGAGUGGGGGCGGUCCUAUCCCAGCGUUCGGCCCUGGACCUCAAGUUACAUCCCUGCGCCGCCUUCUCCCAUCGCCUCAACACCACGGAGAGGAAUUACAGUGUGGGGAAUCGUGAGCUUCUCGCAGUGAAGAUGGCGUUGGAGGAGUGGAAGCUCUGGCUGGACAGGGUGGAACUUCCGUUCAUUGUGUGGACAGACCACAAGAACUUGGAAUAUCUCCGCACCGCCAAGCGUCUCAAUUCCAGGCAAGCUAGGUGGGCCCUGCUUUUCACCCGGUUCAAGUUCUCUCUCUCAUACCGACCGGGAUCCAAGAAUGUCAAGCCAGAUGCACUGUCACGCCGCUAUAGCCCCGCGGCUACACCCCCGGAAUUAGAGACCAUCCUUCCCACCUCGUGCUUGGCAAUGGCACUCAGUUGGGGAAUAGGGAAGCAGGUCCGGGAGGCGCAGCGUUCCCAGCCGAACCCUGGAGGGAGGUGGGGCCCAGAUAAUCGGAUGUUUGUUCCUGACGCUGUCCGCUCCUCGGUCCUGGAGUGGGCCCACUCCUUCAGGCUUGCCUGCCACCCGGGCUCCCGUCGGACCCUGACCUUUGUGCGACAACGCUUUUGGUGGCCUACCACGGUUUGUGACAUCUCCGCCUGCACGAUCUGUGCGCAGAACAAGACAGGGGAUUCCAGUACCUGGUUGACUGGGAGGGUUUUGGCCCGGAGGAGAGGUGCUGGGUCCCCGCUAGGGACAUCCUGGACCCAGGCCUCAUCGCUGAGUUUCAACGCUGGCACCCCGGUCAACCAGGUAUGCGCCCAGGUAGGACGCCAGGUGGUGCCCCUAGAGGGGGGAGUACUGUCACACCCUGAUCUGUUUCACCUGUAUUUGUGAUUGUCUCCACCUCCCUCCAGGUGUCGCCCAUCUUCCCCAUUAUCCCCAGUUAAUUUAUACCUGUGUUCUCUGUUUGUCUGUUGCCAGUUCGUUUUGUUUCGUCAAGCCUACCAGGGUUUUCCCCUUGCUCCUGCCUUUCUCAAGUUCCUGUUUUCUAGUUUUCCCGGUUUUGACCAUUCUCCCUGCCCUGACUGUGAACCUGCCUGCCGUUCUGUACCUUGUCACACCACCCUGGAUUAUUGACCUCUGCCUGCCCUUGACCUGUCGUUUGCUGCCCCCUGUUUUUGUAAUAAACUUCUGUUACUUCAACACUCUCUGCAACUGGGUCUUCUCCUGAAAGGUGAUACAGACGAGUCCCAAGACGCUUGUGGGGGUCGUAGAGCAAAACGGAAAACACCAUCGUAUUUGUGAGAGUCUCAUCAAACCGUUCAGACACUACAGAUGAUUUUGUGAGAAGUCCGAUUUUCAGGAUGUCUCAUGGUCUGAUAAACACCGCAGAUGCGGAAGUGUGACAUCGGCGGAUGCGUUGUAUUGAGAGGCAUCCAAUGCAAAAAAACAUAUCUUUAGCUUAAACUGACAGAUUUUUCUGGGGAUAUUUUUGUUAUAUAUUAAUUUGAUUUCCGCGGGGCCUCGGAAAUUGACUUUAGGGGGUUAAGACAAUUUAUGUUGGUGUUUCCUUUAUUUUGGCAGUUACUGUACCUGCAGUUUGUUCUCAACAGACACUGCUCUAAAUUGAGAACAUACAACAUAUCAGAUUAAAGGCCCAGUUCAGUCAAAAACUUGAUUUUCCUGAUUUCCACACUAAGAGGUUGGAUAAUACUGUGAAAUUGUGAAAAUUAGUGUAAGAGCUGUUUGAAAAGACUGCCUGAAAUUUCAGCCUGUUUUUGUGGGAUGGAGUUUUGUUCACCAAGCGGUACAUUUGUUAAUUAACCAAUAAGAAAGAGAGUUCCAAACCUCUCUGCCAAUAACAGCUAGUUUUCCCCUCCCCACUCAGACCACUCCCAGACAGUCCUAGUAAAAUUCUUGCUUGAGAAAUUGCUCUUUGCUCAAAGGUAUAUUUUUGUAUUUUUGACCAUUUUAAUAAAAUAAAAUAAAAUUGUAUUUGUCACAUGCACCGAAUACAACAGGUGUAGACCUUACCGUGAAAUGCUUACUUACAAGCCCUUAACCAACAAUGCAGUUCAAGAAAUAGAGUUAAGAAAAUAUUUACUAAAUAAAAUAAAGUUAAAAAUAAAAUAAAAAGUAAAAUAACAAUACAGAUGCUAUAUCCCUUUUCAGGUUUAGAAAAAGUGGCUGCUAAAUGCUAACUCCCAUUCGUGGUAAAGGUUAGUCAAGGUAAUUUGUAGGUAGAGGUAAAGUGACUAUGCAUAGAUAAUAAACAGCGAGUAGCAGCAGUAUAAAAUCAAAGGGGGGGUGGCCAUUUGAUUAAUUGUUCAGCAGUCUUAUGGCUUGGGGAUAGAAGCUGUUAAGGAGCCUUUUGGACCUAGACUUGGCGCUCCGGUACUGCUUGCUGUGCGGUAGUAGAGAGAACAGUUUAUGACUUGGGUGGCCGGAGUCUUUGACAAUUUUUUGGGCCUUCUGUCCAGGUGGGAAAGGGCAGUGUGUAGUGCGAUUGAGAUUGUGUCAUCUGUGGAUCUGUUGGGGCGGUAUGCGAAUUGGAGUGGGUCUAGGGUUUCCGGGAUGACGGUGUUGAUGUGAGCCAUGACCAGCCUUUCAAAGCACUUCAUGGCUACCGACGUGAGUGCUACGGGGUGGUAGUCAUUAAGGCAGGUUACCUUCGCUUUCUUGGGCACAGGGACUAUGGUGGUCUGCUUGAAACCUGUAGAUAUUACAGACUCGGUCAGGGAGAGGUUGAAAAUGUCAGUGAAGACACUUGCCAGUUGGUCCGCGCAUGCUCUGAGUAAACGUCCUGGUAAUCCGUCUGGCCCCGCGGCCUUGUGAAUGUUGACCUGUUUAAAGGUCUUGCUCACAUCGGCUAUGGAGAGCGUGAUCACACAGUCGUCCGGAACAGCUGGUGCUCUCAUGAAUGCUUCAGUGUUGCUUGCCUCGAAGCGAGCAUAAAAGGCAUUUAGCUCGUCUGGUAGGCUCGCUUCACUGGGCAGCUCGCGGCUGGGUUUCCCUUUGUAGUCUGUAAUAGUUUGCAAGCCCUGCCACAUCCAACGAGCGUCAGAGCCGGUGUAGUAGGAUUCAAUCUUAGUCCUGUGUUUGAUAGUUCGUCUGAGGGCAUCGCAAGAUUUCUUAUAAGCGUCCGGAUUAGUGUCUCGCUCCUUGAAAGCGGCAGCUCUAGCCUUUAGCUCGGUGUGGAUGUUGCCUGUAAUCCAUUGCUUCUGGUUGGGAUAUGUACGUACGGUCACUGUGGGGACGACGUCGUCGAUGCACUUAUUGAUGAAGCCGAUGACUGAGGUGGUAUACUCCUCAAUGCCAUUGGAUGAAUCCCGGAACAUAUUCCAGUCUGUACUAGCAAAACAGUCUGUAUUGAGCGAGUCACUGGUACUUCCUGCUUUAGUUUUUGCUUGUAAGCAGGAAUCAGGAGGAUAGAAUUGUGGUCAGAUUUGCCAAAUGGAGGGCGAGGGAGAGCUUUGUAUGCGUCUCUGUGUGUGGAGUAAAGGUGGUUUAGAGUUUUUUUUCCUCUGGUUGCACGUGACAUACUGGUAGAAAUUAGGUCAAACUGAUUUAAGUUUGCCUGCAUUAAAGUCCCCUGAAUAUUAUCCGUGUUGUCGUUCAGCCACGACUCAGUGAAAUAUAAGAUAUUACAGUUUUUAAUGUCCCGUUGGUAGAAUAGUCUCGAGCGGAGAUCAUCCAGUUUAUUUUCCAGUGAUUGCACGUUGGCCAAUAGAACGGAUGGUAGAGGCGGGUUACCCACUCGCCGACGAAUUCUCACAAGGCACCCCAAUCUACGCCCCCUGUAUUUCUGUAUUUUCUUCAUGCGAAUGACGGGGAUUUGGGCCUGGUCUCUGAGAAGCAGUAUAUCCUUCGCGUCGGACUCUUUUCGGUCAUAAUAGACGUUUGUAGUAACAUUAUGUACAAAGUAAGUUACAAAAACUGCGGCCGCCAAGAAAAUUAUUUCUGUAUGAUGGAAGCCUCCACGCUCAAUAGAUCUUAAUAUUUUUGUAUGUGAUUUAUAUGGAGUUGUCUACGGCUCGCGUUCAGGGAGCUAAUGACGACACGUUGACCCAAUGGCUUCUUGCUACUUAAUAAUUUCGUGAUGUAUUGCUUUGAGUUUUUUUGUUUGGUUUGUUUGCUUUUCUGAUCCGUCUUUAUGUCAUUAGAUCCAUUGGGUCCUCGGUGGGGUGGGAUUGAUUUGGGGGAGGGGGGUUGUAACUUCAUUCUGUGUAUCUGUAUUCUUGUUUCCUAACAGUUAUUAUUAUAAAUAAAAACAUUUGAUCAUAAAAAGGAAUGUACAGCAAUCAGGGUGCUUGUGUUUUGUUUCUAACGUUAACUCAAUAGCCUGUUCUCGUUCUUGUACCAGAUAGUGGUGUGAUGUAACAGGGCUCCUGACAGCGAACACCUUUAUGGGGUUUUAUGGACCUUAGUGACGACAGCUAAAGCUGCUGGCUGCCGCCUGGCUUUGUUUUGUCUUGGAUGAAUUGGAGAAGCUGAGUGGGAGAGACAGCUCUCAGAUAACUUCAAUGUCUAAACGUGUUUUGGGAAUAGUGGUCUAAGCAAAACAUUUAUGGGUAACACAUACUAUACACAUAUUGUCUGUUUCGUUUAUCUAGUGCACAGCUAGAUUGGCUGAAGCUAAUCAGUCAUUGCAUUUCAUAAAGAUGUCAGUUGACAAGUGAGAAAUCUAACUUUGUUGAUAACCUGUGCAUCUUCACAUCUUCUGUAAUAGACUAUCAAAGAUAGUGGAGCUAAAGUUUGUUUUUGUCUUGUUCUCUUUUGCAGUAUGUGUUUGUGUCCUUGCUGUCCCGAGACAGUGUCUACGAUGUCCUCAGGAGGAUCUGUACACACCUUCAGGUGCAAAAUAACCUCAGAAUAUGCCAUUGUCAAAGGGACUUUAGUAUACCAAUAGAUGUGGUAAAAAGUUCAAUGGAACGCAGACCGUGGGGGAGAGAAGAAGUUCACCGGAUUGGCGCACAUUUAUCAAAUCUUAUCUAACCAAGUUGAUAUUCGUCAAAUCCAUCAUAAUUGAUGUAUCGUAACAGGCCCACAAUGUGGUUACUAAAGUCCGAUUUUGAUAUAUUUGGCAGUUUUCGGUAAAGUCCCUUUUCAGGUUUAGAAAAAGUGGCUGCUAAAUGCUAACUCCCAUUCGUAUAAGCUGAUAGCAUAGCUAGCAUACAGAAAUUAUUGUUGGCAGUCAAAGUUGUUUGUAACUGUAAUGCAGUUGAUUGGUGAUGAUGAUAUUAAUAUGUAUUGGGGUUGACAUCCAUACAAGCAUUAUAUGCCAAAUUUUACCUCAACAUAGUGUGACAUACACAUAUAAACAAUAGCUUAAAUGGGCUAAUUUUGCUGGGGGGCAAUGAGGAGAUUUGGGAUCUUUCUCCCACGUCAUCUUUCGCCCACCCGUUUCCAUGGCAUUUCCAUUGUUUUGGUCGAGUUCCAUUGACCUCUUUACCACAUUUAUGGUCUGUAUAGUUGAGCAGAUAUCGUGGAUAUCCAUACUGUAGUGUAGUUACAUUGUAGUUACACAAUAGAGAACUAAUACUUACUGUAGUUACAAUGUAACCUUAUUUUCCUCCCUAGGUGAAUGGGAAGAAAAGCCUAAGCCUGAAGCAGUACUUGGAGGAGCCUAGCUCACUAUCUAUGGUAAGCCCAGCCAGUACACUAAACUGCACUACUCUGGGUGCACUACAGUAGGACAGAUAUGGUAGCCUGGGUGCCAGGCGGUUUCUGUUCUCUUACCAACUCCUCAUGGAAUGAGUGACAAGGAGUUGGCAAGAGAUCAAACACAGACGCCCAGAAUACAGUUGUGGUGCAACCAAUCCUGCUUUACACAACACAUUUGACAGUCUAGAUCCAUCUGCUACUGUUUGUUGACCAGCUGCCAAUGACCAUAAAUUGAACCAGGCAAUGUGCAAUUUACAACAUCCCUGUACUUUAUAGUAAGUGUGUGUAGGGUCAAGGAGAUAGAUGGGUAAUGUAGUGUAGCAUUAGGAUUAUGAAAGUCAGAGAGAUAGGCAUUUGUUAAAGACGUCCUCCAUCGAUUUUUUAACUUUUACUGUUGAAUGCAAUAUCCCAAGUAUGAGCACAGUAAAGUACAUACACUUUAUGGUUAAUAAAUAAAUAAAAAUCAGCAAAAGGUUUUUUAGACACUGCUGCAAGGAGAGUGAAUUGCCACUUUAAGUGUUUUGAAUAUGCCCCUACACGUUACUCAACGUGACUCUCAUAGUAGUAAAUUGCACUACUAUACUGAACAAAAAUAUAAACGCAACAUGCAACAAUUUCAAAGAUUUGACUGAGUUACAGUUAAAACUGUAUAAGGAAAUCAGUCAAUUGAAAUAAAUUCAUUAGGCCCUAUAUGGAUUUCACAUGACUGGGCAGGGGUGCAGCCAUGGGAGGGCAUAGGCCCACCAACUAGGGAGCCCAGCAAAUCAGAAUUGGUUUUUACCCACAAAAGGUCUUUAUUACUGACAUUGGAGGCAGCUUAUGGUAGAGAAAUGAACAUUCAAAUCUCUGGCAACAGCUCUGGGGGACAUUCCUGCAGUCAGCAUGCCAAUUGCACGCUCCCUCAAAACUUGAGACAUCUGUGGCCUUUUAUUGUCCCCAGCGCAAGGUGCACCUGUGUAAUGAUCAUGCUGUUUAAUCAGCUUCUUUAUAUGCCACACCUGUCGGGCGGAUGGAUUAUCUUGGCAAAGGAGAAAUGCUCCCUAACAGGGAUGUAAAAAAAAAAAUGUGUGCAACAUUUUUUAGAUAGAUAAGCUUUUAUUGCGUAUGGAACAUUUCUGGGAUUUUUUAUUUCAGCUCAUGAAACAUGGGACCAACACUUUACAUGUUGCACAAAAAAAUGUGUUCAGUUUAUAUACACUGAAGCUUGCUUCUGGCCUUCCCUGUCAAUUGUAAGUCCUCUUAAGAAUAAGAUAAGCAGAGUGCCUCAAACUGCUGUUUUUUGCUACUGUUUUUGAUCCUUUAGUAGACCCUUUUGUGGUUGUUGACGUCAUUAUGGGUUAAGGGCAUCAUGGGUUAAGAAGCUUAUCAUGCUGGUAUUUUACUCAGGCGAAAGUAAAAGGGUUUUUAGAGCUACUAUAGCAAUAAUAUCCCACUAAAUGAUGUGAGUGCUUAAAGGGACCUCAAACUCAAACUACCCUUCUAGCCUUCUCUCCUCUUGAUCUUGUUUUUUAAUCACUGGCAUAAUGAUAGGUUCCAAUUCGUUUUUUUAAACGCAUAUCCAAAUUAAUAACAGCCGCUGGGGAAAAAAUUAUGCCAAUACAUAGAAAAAGAGAAUGUCCACUCACUGUUUUGCUGCUCCCAAACGUGAUAUUUUAAUAAAGCUUAGGCAAUACAAUCCCUAACGUGUCGACCAAAAUGUUGUGAUUGUAUCAUUAACCUUAAUUAAAGAUACCUUUUGCUUUCAGCCUCUCUCAACUCCAUCUCCUCUCCUCCUCUGCUGGCCUCCUCUCUUCCCCUUGCUCCUCUCCUCCCUCAUUCAGGAUGAGUUCCCUGUGGUCAAUGACUUCCCUCCAGUGUUGAAGUGGAGGAGGAAGCCAUCCAUUCCGUCCGUGUCCUCCUCUCUCCCAGACCUCCUGGGUAACUCCACCAGCAGCCUGAGCGCAGUGGACACCCCCUACCUACCCACUGAGGUUCCACUGACAUUGAAGGGUAAGAUCAAAGGUAAGCCCCACUCAAUCAUUAAUCAUCAUGGGGCAACAGGUAGUCAUUUCUUGGGUGGGAAAGGAUUAUUUUGGAUUUAAAAAAUUCUCCAGGCUGCACAUAAACGUCUAAAACCUGAUAGAAACUAUGUAGAAAUUAUAAUGGACCUAUAUACAUUUGAAGUUUGAAGUUUACAUACACCUUAGCCAAAUACAUUUAAACGUUUUUCACAAUUCCUGACAUUUAAUCCUAGUAAAAAUUCCCUGUUUUAGGUCAGUUAGGAUCACCACUUUAUUUAAAAAAUUUGUAAUGUCAGAAUAAUAGUAGAGAGAAUUAUUUCUUUCAGCUUUUAUUUCUUUCAUAACAUUCCCAGUGGGUCAGAAGUUUACAUACACUCAAUUAGUAUUUGGUAGCAUUGCCUUUAAAUUGUUUAACUUGGGUCAAACGUUUUGGGUAGCCUUCCACAAGCUUCCCACAAUAAGUUGGGUGAAUUUUGGCCCAUUCCUCCUUAUAGAGCUGGUGUAAUUGAGUCAGGUAUGUAGGCCUCCUUGCUCACACACGCUUUUUCAGUUCUGCCCACAAAUGUUCUAUAGGAUUAAGGUCAGGGCUUUGUGAUGGCCACUCCAAUACCUUGACUUUGUUGUCCUUAAGCCAUUUUGCCACAACUUUGGAAGUAUGCUUGGGUCAUUGUCCAUUUGGAAGACCCAUUUGCGACCAAGCUUUAACUUCCUGACUGAUGUCUUGAGAUGUUGCUUCAAUAUAUCCACAUAAUUUUCCUUCCUCAUGAUGCCAUCUAUUUUGUGAAGUGCACCAGUCCCUCCUGCAGCAAAGCACCCCCACAGCAUGAUGCUGCCACCCCCGUGCUUCACGGUUGGGAUGGUGUUCUUCGGCUUGCAAGCGUUCCCCUUUUUCCUCCAAACAUAACAAUGGUCAUUAUGGCCAAACAGUUUGAUUUUUGUUUCAUCAGACCAGAGGACAUUUCUCCAAAAAGUACGAUCUUUGUCCCCAUGUGCAGUUGCAAACCGUAGUCUGGCUUUUUUUGGCGGUUUUGGAGCAGUGGCUUCUUCCUUGCUGAGCGGCCUUUCAGGUUAUGUCGAUAUAGGACUCGUUUUACUGUGGAUAUAGAUACUUUUGUACUUGUUUCCUCCAGCAUCUUCACAAAGUCCUUUGCUGUUGUUCUGGGAUUGAUUUGCACUUUUCGCACGAAAGUACGUUCAUCUCUAGGAGACAGAACGCGUCUCCAUCCUGAACGGUAUGACGGCUGCGUGGUCCCAUGGUGUUUAUACUUGCGUACUAUUGUUUGUACAGAUGAACGUGGUACCUUUUGGAAAUUGCUCCCAAGGAUGAACCAGACUUGUGGAGGUCUACAAUUCUUUUCUGAGGUCUUGGCUGAUUUAUUUUGAUUUUCCCAUGAUGUGAAGCAAAGAAGCACUGAGUUUGAAGGUAGGCCUUGAAAUACAUCCACAGGUACACCUCCAAUUGACUCAAAUGAUGUCAAUUAGCCUAUCAGAAGCUUCUAAAUCCAUGACAUCAUUUUCUGGAAUUUUCCAAGCUGUUUAAAGGCACAGUCAACUUAGUGUAUGUAAACUUCUGACCCACUGCAAUUGUGAUACAACAAUUGUGUCUGUAAACAAUUGUUGGAAAAAUUACUUGUGUCAUGCACAAAGUAGAUGUCCUAACCGACUUGCCAAAACUAUAGUUUGUUAACAAGAAAUGUGUGGAGUGGUUGAAAAACUAGUUUUAAUAACUCCAACCUAAGUGUAUGUAAACUUCCGACUUCAACUGUAUUUGGAAAUAACUGCCCUUUUUCCAGUCCACAAAUUGAUUUUGACAAACAAAUCAGUCCAAACAAAAAUAUGUACGACCUUCCUUUGAAUUUGUUAAUCCUUAUGUGGCCCUCAAGCCCUCGAGAUGUUGCUUGCCCCUAGAGGUUUUCGAGGUAAGCCAAGCAACAAGAGGGUUGCCAGUUCUAAACUUUGUAUCCCGGGUCUUAUGGGGAAAAUCUGAAAGGAAGUGAGCACUUAGCUAAAUGGCUAAAUGCUACAUACUUAAUGACUAACAUUUAAAUGUAAGCUAGGCUCUGUUUUGGUUCUCUAUGCCUGACGUAGUCUCUCAUGACAGACCGGUACCAAGAUAAUGCUCGACAGAAAAGAGGCCUAUUAGCUGAUCGGUUGAUAUCUCUUCCUUCCUCCACACACAAGCUGUUUUGCUAAUGUAGCAUCUUCACAAAGUCCUUUGCUGUUGUUCUGGGAUUGAUUUGCACUUUUCGCACUAAAGUAAUUAAUCUCUAGGAGACAGAACGCGUCUCCUUCCUGAGGGGUAUGAUGGCUGUGUGGUCCCAUGGUGUUUAUACUUGCGUACUAUUGUUUGUACAGAUGAACGUGGUACCGAGAUAAUGCUUGACAGAAAAGAGGACUAUUAGCUGAUCGGUUGAUAUCUCUUCCUUCCUCCACACACAAGCUUCUGGGCCAAAUGUCACACACUAUUGACUCACACACUGAUAAGUAGGGAUCUAUGGCUACUAAUUACCCAGCUGAUAGUAUUUUUCUAACCAGCGUGCAUAGAGCCACAUACGUUUGCGGAUAAACUACUUGGACUCUUGAUUAUUGUAUGAGGUCAACUUUGUCGUAAUUUUUUUUUUUCUCAACUUACUUUUCCUUGAGAGUUAGAAUAAUAGAAUACACAAGGUGCAAUUUCAAAAUGUGUUUGUGCAUCAGCAGAUUGGUAAGUUAGUCUAGUGGCCAGCUAUCUAAACUUCUAGUAAGCAUGGUCGAAUUACCGACCGGGGUGGGGCCAAUCAGUUAUCAUAUUAAAAACUGCAAACGUUUGCCUCCACCCUAUGGUAAAAUGUGUAGAAUUGCAGAAAAUUAGCUGUAAAACUGCAAAUUUUUCUCUCCGCCCCAUGGCAAAAUGAGAAGAAUUGCAUGAAAUUAGUUAUAAAAUUGCAAAAUCUUCUCUCCGCCCCAUGGCAAAAUGUGUAGGAUAGCAGGAAAUUACCUUUAAAAAAUAUUUUUUUUGUAUUAUCUUCACUGUGACGAGGGGGCCCGCUAAAGUGCUUUGCUUGCAAGGUGGGGGGGAUGGUGUGGGUACUGAGCCACUGCGGCCCCUCAUGAUGAGUUCUGUUUUCUUGUGGCCCCCACCCCCAUCAAAGUUGCUCAUCCCUGGGCUAGAGGAAGUGAGUUCAGUUGUACCAGAGAGAAAGAGGUGAAGCGAGAGGGUUUUCUCCACCCAAAAUCUGUCCACGUUAAGCAUAUCAUUAAUUAUUAAGCGAGUGAGGAGUUUUUGUAUGGGGGGCAAUGAGAGUGUUAAAUUUAGUCAAGAUAAAAAUGUAUUGCAAUUUGAUAUGUGAGGCUUAUUUAAUCUAAUAGAAGGUUUGUAAUGCUUAGGUUGUUACAAGUGUACUGAUAUAAGUGUGAUGCACGUGACAUCCCGGAAACUUUGAGAAAAAACACUUUAUAUCAGAGUUGUCCCUGUUGAAAUUUGAGACGGUCUGUGCAUAUUCAUGAGGCUAGCAUAGCAUCUCACUCUCCAUUGAAUACAGGUGGUUGACGUCAACACCCCUCAUCAAAUAAUUCAAAAAAAUAUUCAAAUAACGAGAUGUAUCCACCAAUCCAAAGACAGGAAUAGGCGGGAGCUUGACAGCCCGCUGUUCCGCUCUGUGGACAGCGAAUCCCAUUGUUAGGGCGGAGACACAAGCAUCUCGUCAUAAUUUCCAGUAUCUCUGGUUGUACUUAAUUGUACCUUCUCUCAGAUCAUUUAAAGCCCAGCUGGGUGGAGUUUUUAGCAGGGUCCUGUUCAUUAGCCACCAAAUGGAAAAAGAUGGACUGAAAAAUGGAGGGACUACCUUGACUUGUCCAAUAAGAAAUGCACAUUUUUGUUUGCCAUUGCAAAACAUUUUGAAACAAUUUACAUAGUGUGACAUAAUGAACAAGACCCUGUAGAGGCCAAACCCAGCCCUGUUAAAAAAGAUGGGUAGAAUGGAAUGUUAGCACAAUCAACACAUACUGUAUGUACAAAAGAAAUUCUACUGUAAAACUAGCUCCAAGACUAGUAUUGUUACUUUCUAUGUGGAAGCACCACUUUAAAGCAAUGAUUAUGGUUUAAAUGCUAUUGUGUAGGCUAAUCAAAGUAAGGUUGUAAAUGGAUCCCCUGUGUUGAAGUUUCUCCAAAGUGUCUGCCUUCAAGUUUAAUUCUUGCUGCAUUGGUGUCAGACAUGGGAUAGGAGACAGACAGUGGCGCUUAGCCUUGUUAGCUGUUAGCCACCCACAUACUCAGCGCUGUGUUGACUGUGUAGUCUAUAGAGAAAGAAUAGCUCAAUGCUAACACUAAUGCCAUUAUGAUCUGUUGUGUUGUCUAUAGACGGGUUGGUUGUUUAGCAACAAAACCGGCGCUUGCGCAAUGUUUAUUGAAGACAUAAAUAUAUAUGUGAGCACUUGUUGUCUCUCAAAUACAUCGUUACAGUUGUUGGUUAGCUAGCUAGCAAUUAUUUUAAACCAUAUUAGCAAAACAAGACAUGGUAUCAAUAACAAGAUACAACGAUCUGAAACGAGCCACCUACGAUUCCCCACAUGGCAGCGUCUUGUCAUUGUUGCCAGCUAUCUGACCGUUCAGAAUCAUAACGCCAAACGGCCUUCUGCCUCAUCGAUGUGCGCGCAUAAUGUUUGUGACGUUGUCACCCAACCAGUCUAUAGAGACAGAUUAGCUUAAUGCUAACGCUAAUUAGCAUUGCUCUCUCUUGUGUUGUGCUGUCUAUAGACACACAAUAGCUCAACGCUAACGCUAACACAUUUUGGUCUGUUGUGUUGUGUGCAGAGCGGAGUCUGGAGACAGAGAAGAUCCUCCUGACAGAGCCAGUGCCAGAGCUGGGCCACAUGGAGUACCAGCUGCUCAAGUUCUUCAUCCUUCUGUGAGUACUGGAUGAACUAACCUGGUGCUGUUUGUGUUCUCGUGGUGUGACAAUCACCAUAGGAGUUGGCAAGGCAGCCCAAACAGAUCUGGGACCAGGCUUCGGACAGACCACACUGCCCUCACAUCACACACAGGGCUAAUGUCCUGUACUGUUACUAUACACUUAGGGAGAAUAUAAAUUGCAUUGUCUUUCCUGGCGUCCUCUCUCCUCACCUCCUUCUCAAAACCCAUUGGAUGAGAAGGUCAGAGGACCCUCCACUCUGACCUUUUUGAGAAGGACAUGAGGAGAGAAGAUGUGAGGAAUCAAGGCAAUGCAAUUGACAUUCUCCCUUACUGUCAUACUGCCACCUGCUGGUCAUAGUAAUUCUGGCAAGUUCAUAUUACACUUACAGUACAAAUUUAGACAUUUGUAUUAUUUGUAAAUGGCAUUACACUGUUGUUUUUCAUGGCUGUUAAGAUUUUAAUGAAUUUUAUAGCAUGCUUGGGGAAAACAUCUGUUGAAGCUCAAGGCAUGUCAUUCAUAAAAUGAUCCAUAGGCCUUUAUUAUAGCUAUCAGUGUACAUAUGUGUUGGAAACAAUGUGGUAAUUGUCUGUCUCCUGUCUCCCUCAGUAUCAUUCUGCUCAUCAUGUCCUCCUGCUACCUGGCCUUCCGUGUGUGUAGUCUGGAGCAGCAGCUGUCCUUCCUCAAUACACACCCCACACUGCACAUGAGAGAGAGGUGAGGGACACACACGCAUGAGCACACACAUGCACGCACAUACACGUGCAUGGGUUCAUACACACACAGGAGAGAGUUGAGUGUGACACACACACACAUAAAGGCAUGGGCACACACUCAUACACACACACACACUGAACACACAUACACAGCAGUGGCAGUUGGUGCCAUUCAAGAUUAGGGAGGACCAUUUUUUAAAAUGAGCAUGACCUUAUUUCUAUUACAGCAUAUUGGAUGACUGUCUUUCAUAUUCCAUUCACCCAGCUCAGUGUAACAUCGAUAGGUUUAGGCUACUACAUGAUACUCGAAUUUGCCCUAUACCAAUCAUGAGGUUACUACAUCCUAGCCUACAAAUUAAAGUUUAUAGCGUAGGUGCACAGGUCGAGAGACAAACUGGAGUAAUCAAGGUGACAGACAGUGACACACAUUCAAUACCACCUUGCACACACUUGCCUGCAUCUAGCUGAUCUGGAGUGUAAUCAUUAGUCCAAACAGUUGCAAAACAUUUUGCAACUAAAACAAGAGUUUCUAUUGGACAAAUUCAGGUAGGUCCCUCUAGGGCUAGGCGAUAUGGCCAAAAUAUCAUAUUAUGUAAUUUGUCAAAUUUAUUACAAUAUGACGGUAUAUUAGGUUUUUGAAUAAUGCAAGUUCUAAAUAUGCUUAAUGAGUAGUGCAUAACCUUAGGGUGGCAACACAUACAUUCUAAAUGUUUUUAAUGGGGCUUUUUCCAUUCUGAUUGUUUUAUAAAGUUCAAUCAAACUUCAACCAAAAGUUAGAAUAUAGUGGGCAAUUUGGAUAUAGUGUUGUUUUACAUGACAAGCCAGGGACGGGCUAUUGUGACAGGGUAGGAACCAAAGUGUUGGUUAAUGUUUCCCGGGGGACCCUAAUUUAGAAUAUACAGUUGCACAAACUACAUGCUGAUCUAGGCCUACACCAGCACUGGUAUCAGGCUGUAUUUUCUAGUUAGCUAGCUACGUUUGCUUUGACUAAGUACAUUUAGCUAGCUAGCCAGCUAACUAGCGAUGAGCAUUAGUGGCUAACACAAUUUAUUUUAGCCACAACUUGCUAAGAAAAGACAAACUAGCUGUUUGCAGACAGUAAGAUACACAAACUAAUAGUGUCAUUUACAGGAUAUUAAGAAGCAUAGUGGAAAGCAGCAUCGUUGUCACCAUCUUGUUGCAUCUGCAGCAUUGACCAUGCAGACAGUCACUGCGAGUAAACGGCAAGUGAAGUGGUUGUGACUCAUGGUAGAGCACUCUCCUUGGGUGACAGGGGGUGCGGCUUGGUGUGAGCGGGAGAGAGACUACUCAAGUAGCAAACGAGUAAACUAUAAAAAACUGACAUUACAAGUGGUGGAGUGGCGUAACACAUUAAACAAACCAUACAUUGGAGUACCGUUAUACAAGCUAAACUAGAAACCCAAACCGGUACGUGCAUCAAUACUGGUAUAUAGUCAAAUACGGUAUACCGCCCAGCCCUAGAUCCCUUCCCGUUUCGUUCAGAAAUGUUUUGCGACAGAAUCGGCGGAAUGAAUACACCCCUGAUCACCCUCACACACGGUUCACUUUCAUAGCACCACAUACAGCAUCAUCACUUUGCUCGUUGUAUAAUUCAUUCUCGCAUCUACACGCUCUCCUCCUCUCACCUUUUCCCUUAGCUUGUGGACUUCAGUGCACAGCACAACAGCUGUCUGUGACCAGGCGCAAAAAUCUCUCCAAGCCAAACCUUCAUACCAUAACCGCUAACCGAUACACAGCCUACAUUGUUGUCACUAUAUUAAUGUUCUAGUCAACAAACUAGAACUAAUGCGUUAGGAAAUCCACAAUCCAAUCCAUGUGUACAAUCACGCAGUACAGGGUACAGCAAGCAGUUUAGCAGUUACACCGGCAGGCCCCGGUGGCAAUACAUUUAUACAACCGAAAGCUUACCUUGACUUGGAAGAGUUGCAGUGUUGGAUAGCCUUAGCCAGCUAGCUAACAUAAAUAGCAUUCCUCUCUGUUUGAUUCAGGUUGUUGAAUAGGCUAAAUUAGCUGCAUAAGCUAAGUAAGUUAAAGGUUAGCCUAUGCAGAGUCGCCAAAAAAUGCUAACGUGUUUUUCAGGGAUACAGUAUUUGCAACCUAACUUCUGUUUCCCCUGAACUCCGCUCAGGCGUCUUUCUACGCCUGCCACAUUAGGUUAGUAAAAGGUGAAAUAGGAAAAUAAAAAUACAACGAAAUAUAACUCUCUCUCUCUCUGCUGCUUCUCCUUAAUUUUUCUAGAAAUUAAUUAGUUGAAAACUGUUCAACUAUUGUCUUUCUCUCUCUGUGAGUCAACUACUCACCAUACUUUAUGCAGUGCUAGCUAGCUGUGGCUUAUAUAAUUUCAGUACUAGAUUCAUUCUCUGAUCCUUUGAUUGGAUGGACAAGUUGUUAAUUCAUACUGCAAGAGCUUUUGAUAGAUUAGAGGACGUCCUCCGGAAGUCGUCAUAAUUACUGUGUCUAUGGAAGGGUGUGAGAACCAUGAGCCUCCUUGGUUUUGUAUUGAAGUCAAUGUACCCAGAAGACGGAAAAUAGCUGUCCUCCGGCUACACCAUGGUGCUGCCCUAGAGGGUGCUGUUGAGGCUACUGUAGACCAUUACAAAACAGAGUGUUUUAGUCAGGUAUUUGGUAACAUGAAUAUAUUUAGUCGUUUUAUCUAAAAAACGAUUUUUCUGAAAAUCACAGAGUGGGAUGGUCCUCCCCUUCCUCCUCUGAGGAGCCUCCACUGAUACACACAAAAUACACAUACAUACUCCAAAUGUUUUACCAAUGAACACAUCUUUGUCCCCCAGUCCCUUUGCUCAUUUCCUAUCUCAACAGAGUGCUGAAUGCUUUGAUAAGUCAUGUUUGCUGUAUCGUCAUAUUUGACUAGAUAUAACAUUAUAUUCCCACUUCAAGAUCAGAUAGUGUUGUUGCUAUGCCAACUUGCAUGUUUGUCCCUUCCCAGGUAACACUUGCUGUACGCUGCGUCCCCAUUGGACAGAUGUCCUGUCAGUCACAGAGGUUCUCCUGGCGAUUGGGCAAACAGAGACUCAGUUCAUUUACCUGUCCCAGCAUAGUAGGUGUGGAGAAGUACCCUGCUGGUUCAAUGAGAAGACAAUGACUUGAGACAAGCCAAGACCUGAAGCGAAAACUGCACUUAAACAGACAGCCCAAUAGGGGGUGCCAGUGAGCCAAUAAUCCUCUUGUCAUUCCCUAGAAAGACUACAGACCCCUCGGACAAGAGACUAGGAUGGAAUGAGGAGGAUGGAGGAGGAUUGGAAGUAGAGGACUACAGAGUUGAUGUCAAUGGGGCCGUGCCAACCAAGUUCACCUGA